CAACUCGGUCCCGUGCUUGUCUCGUUUGGUGCCCGCGGGUUCACGUGCACGGCCCAGCGGAGGCUUUAGCUCCGCCGCGGACUUCAAGAGCCGUGCCUGCCGGCGCAUUUUGACUACCAUCGAAGUCCUCCCUCUAUCCGCUGGACCGCGCACCGGCAUCAAGAUCGGGCCGCCCUCCUCUCUUUUUCUCCCAAGUCCCACUGGCAACAACCAAACCCACCCUCCCCUCUCUUUCUCGGAGGAAGGAAACCAAGCAGCAGAGGAUCGAACAGGAGGACGUCAAACCGAUUUUUUCUCUAUUCUUUUCUAAAUAAUAUUCAUACUCGUCAUCCUAAUCCCAGGUGUGACAAAGGCGCAAAGAAAAGAAAAGAAAAAAAAAGGGGGGAAGAAGGAAACAAGAAUAAAACGGUAAAAAGAAAGAAGAGGUGGGGAAUCUCCUCACCGAACUCUCUUGUUGCUUAAAAUUUAUAACAUCCGCCCACCACCGCCAUCAGCUCCAUCUAUUGUUCGUUUCCUUGAUGCUUCCACCGGACCAGCCAUGGCCUCGAUACGCCGCUCCUUCUCCCCCUCCCACCGCCCGGGUAUCCUCUCCCCCUCCCCGCCGCCGCCGCCGCCAUCCCCUCUCCGCUGCCUCCUGAUGAUGGGCGCCUUCCUCUCUGGGCACCCCCGCAAGCCCAGCCACCGCUCCUCCUGGCGGCGGCCCCUCCUCCGCUUCCUCCUCUUCUUCCUCCUCGGCUUCUUGCUGGGCCUAUCCCCCUUCGCCGACCUCGAUGACUCCGGCCUCCGCCCCCACGACUUCUUCUUCGACGACGACGUCGGCCCCCCCCGCCGGGAUCUCGCCGCCCUCGUCCGGUCGAGGCCCCGGGAGAUCGAGAUCGUGCGGCCCGAGGGCCUUGUCGCCGUGGAGCUCGAGGCCCGGAAGGAGGAGGAAGGCCACCUCGAGCCCGAUCCAGGACCCCUCGGGAAGCUGCUCAUCGUCGUGACCCCGACCUACAACCGCGCCCUCCAGGCCUACUACCUCAGCCGGCUGGGCCACACGCUGAGGCUCGUGCCGCCGCCCCUCCUCUGGAUCGUGGUGGAGAUGAACGCCCCCUCCAUGGAGACCGCCCAGAUCCUCAGGAGGACGGGGGUCAUGUAUCGGCAUCUGGUCUGCAAGAAGAACGCCACCCACAUCAAGGACAGAGGUGUCCACCAGCGGAACACAGCGCUCGAGCACAUCGAGCGGCACCGUCUCGAUGGUAUCGUAUACUUUGCCGACGACGACAACAUCUACUCGCUCGAGCUGUUCGAGCGCAUGAGGGAGAUCAGGAGGUUUGGCACUUGGCCCGUUGCAAUGCUUGCUCAAAGCAAAAACAAGGCAAUACUGGAAGGCCCAGUAUGCAAUGGAAGUCAAGUGAUUGGUUGGCACACAAAUGAAAAAAGCAAAAGGCUUCGAAGAUUCCAUGUUGAUAUGUCAGGAUUUGCAUUCAACAGCACGAUACUGUGGGACCCCAAGAGGUGGCACCGUCUAACCUCAAAUGCCAUCAGGCAACUAGACACAGUAAAGGAGGGUUUUCAGGAAACAACAUUUAUAGAACAGAUAAUCGAAGAUGAAAGUCAAAUGGAAGGCUUUCCAAAUAAUUGCUCAAGGAUCAUGAAUUGGCAUCUUCACUUGGAAGCUAGAAAUCUUGUUUAUCCUGAAGGGUGGCAAGUCUCUGGGGAUCUUGAUGUUGUCAUUCCUUUGAAAUAGAAAAUGCAGCUUUGGCAAGCAAAUGUCCAUCCAUACAGCCAUCGUGGUACCGGGUCUUCAAUGCUGGUUGGCUUAUCGAGACAAAGCACCUACUUGAGCGCUUGGUCAUGCUCACCACAGUCAGACAUGUCUUAAUGAAAAUAUUCAAUAUUCUUUCAGGGGGCAGAGAACCAUCUUGCCGUGAUACCGGUUCACAUUCUGUCGAAGACGUACGCACUCAAUGUACCCAUUCAUUAGAGUGGAGCCCAUUUAAUUUGGGUUUGUUUAGAAGUUCUUUUACCACUAAAAGUGUGCCAAAGUGUUUUCAUGUAAGACGCUGUUCCCAGCGUCAAUUUUGUGCUCAGCCGUAGAAUUGGCAGCGUCGUUCUUUUGAUAGCUUACUAUUUAUGUGUAAGUGCAAAUAUGGUCUUGAUUUUAUCAAAA